AUGGAGAUGAAGGAGAGACAGCGGUGGCGGCCUGAGGAAGACGCCAUCCUCCGCUCCUACGUCCGGCAGUAUGGCCCCCGCGAGUGGAACCUGGUGGCGCAGCGCAUGAACGUGCCCCUCGACCGCGACGCCAAGUCCUGCCUCGAGCGCUGGAAGAACUACCUCCGCCCCGGCAUCAAGAAGGGCUCCCUCACCGACGACGAGCAGCGCCUCGUCAUCCGCCUCCAGGCCAAGCACGGCAACAAGUGGAAGAAGAUCGCCGCCGAGGUGCCCGGCCGCACGGCGAAGCGCCUCGGCAAGUGGUGGGAGGUGUUCAAGGAGAAGCAGCAGCGGGAGAUCAGGGACAGCCGGAGGCCGCCCCCCGAGCCCAGCCCCGACGAGAGGGGCAGGUACGAGUGGCUGCUCGAGAACUUCGCCGAGAAGCUCGUCAAGGAGAGGCAGCAGGUGGGAGUGGGCGCCACGCCGCUGCACCACCACCACCUCAUGGCGGCUCCCAUGCUCCCGCCCUGGAUGUCGUCCACCGCCGCCAACGGCGCGCCCGUCUCUCCGGCGCCGCCGUCGCCGUCCGUGACGCUCAGCCUCGCCUCCGCCGUCGUCCCGCCCCCGACCGCCGCGCCGUGGAUGCAGCAGCAGCAGCAGAUGGCGGAGGACGGCGCCGCGUUCGGGUUCGCCAGGCCGCCACCGGCGCCGGGCAUGGUGGCGGAUGCUCCUCAGGCAGCGCUGGCAGAGCUGGCCGAGUGCUGCCGGGAGCUGGACGAGGGGCACCGCGCGUGGGCCGCGCACCGGAAAGAGGCCUCGUGGAGGCUGAAGCGCGUGGAGCUGCAGCUGGAGUCGGAGCGCGCGUGCCGGCGGCGCGAGGCCGCGGAGGAGUUCGAGGCCAAGAUGCGAGCGCUGUGGGAGGAGCAGGCGGCCGCCGUGGAGCGCCUCGAGGCGGAGUACCGGGAGAAGGUGGCCGGGCUCCGGCGUGAUGCCGAGCUCAAGGAGCAGAAGAUGGCGGAGCAGUGGGCCGCCAAGCACGCCCGCCUCACCAAGUUCCUCGAGCAGGUCGGCUCGUCGUGCCGCCGCUGGCCGCCCGGCGAGAUGAACGGCCGCUGA